AUGGUGCAGUGGGAACUUGCUCAAAAAGCGAAUGAAGAACCACAGAAGUCCGAUGUUGGUGAAACAGAAACUGGAGCUACACCAGUUGUCGAGAAUCUGAGUAUUGAUGGACUUGUGGAUGAUUCAUCUGUACCAGGAACAUCUUCGACAUUGACAUGCGAGCAAGGCAAUUUUAUUUUGUAGUUGGCCGUCCCUGUGUUGAAUAGAAAGCAGAGGCGGCGACUUCAAGACGGAUUUCAAGUUGCUACUUCUCAGCCCAUUGGUAUAGUUGAUCCUGUUGCUACGAUUUCUCUAACGGAUAUGCUUGCUGUAAGUCAGUUACUUAUGAGAGGGAACUGA